UGACUGAGCUGCUCUGGUCCGCGUCUGCCUGCGUCCGCGCCCGUGGCCACACCCUCCACCCUGAGGCAGCUCCCACGCGGAACUCUGACACUUGAGUCUGGAGACCUCGGGCUCGGAUAUGUCACCGUCCAGUCGCCUGUGUCUCCUCACUAUUGUCGCCCUGAUUCUGCCCAGCAGAGGGCAGACACCAAAAAAGCCCACAUUCAUUUUUACAGUGGACCAGACUCCUGUGACGACUCCUGACCAUGUCCCAGAUUCAGAUCAAACCAGCCCAGGAGUCCAGACCACCCCUCCCAUCUGGACCGGUGAAGGUAGCGUAGAAGCCACAGGAAGCCAUACAGCAGCCAAAACGGAGACCCAGCAACUGACAGAAAUGGCCACUUCACAUCCAGUGACAGAUCCAGGUCCACAUACAAGCAGCAAGAAAGGUACCCCGGCACUCUCCAGGAUCGAGACUCCCAGCCCAACCAGAUUCUACAGGCCUCUACACCGCAUUGAGGAUCCACUGGAUUCGAAUGGGAACAACCCCUUCUACUAUGACGAUGCCACCCUCCGGAAACGGGGGCUGCUGGUGGCUGCAGUGCUAUUCAUCACGGGAAUUAUCAUCCUUACUAGUGGGAAAUGUAGACAGUUGUCUCAAGUAUGCCUGAAUCGCCACAGGUGAGUGCGGGCCAGCACCCUGACGGGCACCCCUUCUGGAGUCUCCGUACCACACCAGCUCACCACCCCCUGCCUCCUACCCCUACCCCAAGAGCCUACAGAGUGAUCAGCAUAUAAGAACCCUCAAAAGAAGAGGUCACUGGAGGGAACCAGGCCUAAGGGCUUCCCACCCUGAGGAGAGAGGUCUCCCACACACUGCCUUGACCCUACCUAUCCUGUUCUGAUAAAUUCACAUGGUCUCUCUUC